UGGGGAGUCACAUGUUAGUUGUCAAUCUAACGUCAGACUUUCUUAAACGUCACUGACACUGUUAUGCGGACAAUUAUUUUAAUCAAUUAAUAAAAAUAGUCGAUUUGAAGCGGUAGCAAGUGUGAGGUGGGCUGUCGUAACGGUCUGGAGCCAGAAAAUUGAUGGGGAAUCCGCAUUCACUCACCAAACUCAAUGUGUCAUAAUUUCCAAUUAAGUGUCAAUCACGAUGAAAAAACUGUUUUCUAAAAUCGAAACUAAAAUAGAUAACACUUCGAAGGAAGGUAACAGUUACAUAGGAAAAGUGUUCACAGUCGGCCGCCAAACGGUAACCGUCGAGGAUAUUCUAGCCGAAGGUGGUUUUGCGAUCGUGUAUCUGGUAAAGGGCACCAAUGGCACGCGCUACGCACUCAAACGAAUGUACGUUAAUAACGAGCAGGACCUUAACGUUGCCAAACGUGAAAUUCAAAUCGCUAGCAGUUUAAGUGGCCAUAAAAACAUCAUUGGUUAUGUAGAUUCCAGUUUGACGGCCACAGGAGGGGGCGUUUAUGAAGUAUUGUUGUUGAUGCCUUAUUGUCAGGAAAACGUUUUCGGUCUUAUGAAACAACGUGGCAAAGCGAAUUUUACGGAACAUGAAGUUCUGACCAUUUUCUGUGAUACUUGCGAGGCCGUGUCACGAUUGCAUCACUGCAAAACUCCAAUAAUUCAUCGUGAUUUAAAGGUAGAAAAUAUUUUGGUAGGUGAAAAUGGUAACUACGUGAUAUGUGAUUUUGGUUCGGCCACUGCGAAAGUAUUAAACCCGGCUGAUAAGGGGGUUGCUCCCGUUGAAGAAGAGAUUAAACGGUACACAACACUGAGUUAUAGGGCACCUGAGAUGGUCGACAUGUAUUGUGGCAAACCAAUCACGACGAAAGCUGAUAUUUGGGCUCUUGGCUGUUUAUUGUAUAGAUUAUGCUUUUUUACGUUACCGUUUGGUGAAAGUACUUUAGCUAUACAAAGUGGGAACUUUAGCAUUCCAGAUAAUUCGAAAUAUUCGAAAGGUUUACAUCAGCUAAUGCGCUACAUGUUGGAGCCCGAUCCUGACAAAAGGCCUGACAUUUUCCAAGUCAGCUGCGUCGCCUUUCAACUCCUUUCGAAAGAAAACCCCGUCAAAAACCUAAUGAAAUCGCCCAUUCCCAAGCUGGAGGACCUUCCAGUGCCUCCGUUCGAGUCCGAACUGAAGAAAGCUCAAGUCAAAGUGUACAACAAAACGCCGGCAGCCCCCAUCGUGGAAGGCACGAGUGUGAUGCCCCGCCAGCGUCCCAAAGGAAGCUCCACAACACCUCUCAACCUUAACAACAUCCCACUAACCCUAAGUCCCAGUCCUACCACCAGUAAAAAAUCACAAAGUCCCGUAACUCAACCACCUGUUACCACAUACCCUUCUAAUUUUCAGACCCAACCAACAUUCGAACCCGUCAAGCAAUUGGACUCCCUCUUUCAGUCUUCCAUCUAUCCUGAUCCCUUUCGAGACGAUAAUAAUGCAACUGAAUCGCCAACAAACGAGGCUAAUAAUGGGGGCGCCCAAGUCAAAUCGCCUGCCUCACCCGAAAACCCCCUAUUUGGUUCGGGGAAUUUGAAUCAGGGGGCACCCGCAAAACCGAGUUUGACUGAAUCAAGUAGUUACGUGGGGGCGACGAUGACGCCGCCCUCUACACCGACCUUGGCCGUACCCAAAGGACACCGGAGGAACAUGAGCGACACGACGGCGUUUAAUAAGGUUUAUGCCUCGGAAACGUCGCAGUUUCUGGCCCCUUAUGAGUCGUCCAUGAAGCCGCGCAGCAGCGAUUCGCCUGAAAUGAUAAAGGGGCCUCUGGUGCCCCCUGGCGUUUCGGCAUCAACUGCUGAUAUAAACCACCCGAUAGCCCCCGAUAGUCGAUCACUUUCGGCCGACGUGGCUGACUGGAAUCCCUUCGAGGAGCCCCCUUUUAGUCAAAUGACGGAAGACCACAUUUUCGGUGAAGAAUUCGAUAAGAUUAGGAGAGGAAGUCAGAGUAGUAUUCAAGGUGUUAAGUCAAGAGAAAGUCUAGUAAUGUCGGUGUCUGAAGAUCCGUUCGGUUGUGCACCGUUCAGUCUUCCAGUCAGGUCACGUGAUCGUAUUAACAAGACUCAGCUCCAGUUCUCAGUUUUGACGCAAAAAAUCAAAGAAGAUGAUCAAGAAUUGAUCGCUUAUUCGCCCCCUCAACAGUCCGAAACGGAAGCACCUUUGAUUCAAACCGAAUUAGUCACAUCACCACCGUACGUCAAAGCGCCACUUGAAGACCGUUCCAAGUACGAAAAACUAACACAGAGUAAUUACAUCAGUUCCGAAAGUAGUUCAGACGAAAAUAACGCCGAUAAAGUGAAAAAGAAGCGUAAAACAAUACCGGAAAAACUACAAUCGGUUUAUAAAACUGUCGAAUUGCCGAUCAAGUUCCGCAACGAGAAAAAAACACAAAAGAAGGUGAAACACAAGAGUGACUCUGUCGAUAUUGAAUCGGACGAUUCGAUUGGUUCGGCUAGUGAUUUGCGAAUCGACGAAGACACAGAACAUGUUAAAGGGGACGCGAUUAGCGAAACAGUUAGCGAAAGUAUUAAAACGUGCGGCUCGUCGGCUUAUCACGCUGAAUGCGAAAGCAUGGCAACGCACGAAGACGACAGCACUAAUCGAAUGAUAAGAGCGAAAAUUAAGGAGGAAGCAAAAAAGAGCACAGUUCAAGAUGAAGACAUGCUCUUCGUUGGUCAUAAAUACGGCGAUAAGCCGUUGCUAUUGGACGACGAAUUGGACUCGGACUGUGAGGUCAAGUUCAAACAAUGGCCUGAAAAACGCGCCGCCACUGAUUUGUGGAUUCCCCCAUCCAGCAGUUUCGAAGACGAAGAUGUUUUCGCUUUGGCGCCGUUCAACAAACCACGAUCCAAAUCAAAAACUGAGAAAAACUCAAACCCGUUCCUCGAUUUUCCGAAUCCGGUCCAAAGCACGUCGAGUUACGGCACAGUGACUGUAAAUUCGAAUUUCAUUAAUAUCGAAAUUCCCGCCAACUUCAACGUGACCCGAUUCGAGUCGAACUUCACCGAAGUCGACCCCUAUUUCCCGCCACCGCCCGAAACCAAAGAAAUUAUCUACGAAAAUGUCAAUAUUCCCGAAAAGACCGAACCGGGGUACGAUUUGUUCGAUUUCGCACCCACCGAAGUCGAGCCUGUCUCGAACGUUACCUUUAGUCUAGAAGCCAGCCACCACAAACACAAGAAAGACAAGAAGAAGUCCAAGUACCAUUUGAUCGAUGAGAGCGUUAGUGACGAGAGCCCCAGUAUUAAUUUUCCCAAGAGUGCGAAAAUUGUUAAGCCCGGUUACCGGAAAGUGGCGAAAAACAAGUCGCACAAGUGCAAGACGAAAUCGCAAGGUGGGUUUAGUAAUAUGAGUUUUGAGGAUUUCUCGUCCGAUGAUCGCGAAGAGGUCGAACGGUCUGUGAUGAUGCCUUUUGAAGUGUUGCGUAGUCCCGAACAGGAGGAUAGGAAAUUUGCAACAAAACGGAUCAGUAAUCCGUUUUCUUAAGCAGCUUUGUGACGUAAGGCAGCUGUGGUUUUGUUACUAUUUAUUCAAAUUCAAGCUUAUGCGUGGUAAGGCCACGAUUUAUUUAUUCAAACUGAUGAUAUUGGCAUACCUGGUUGGGGGUCCCCUUAUUAACUUGUGUGACAUUUAUCAAAUAUGGCGUUAGGACUUUUUCCACGGCACUGCGAUUUGGGUAAAAAUUUUGAGCACGUUUACACGCCGUUUUGUGAUCGUUAUUAAAAGACCAAAUCUAGGCUUUGUGCUUUGAUACUUGAUGUUAGGGGUCGUACAAUGAAUAAAUAACACAUUUACUAUCACAUUUCUAAACAGAAAUUUCUUUAUUUCCAACAUUUUAAUAACAACGCUGUGUAAACGUAGUCAUAAAUCACGAUUGCCGUGAAUGACGACAUUUUGUUAAAUGUCAAAAAUUUAAGUGAUGGUGAUUGUGUCCAGGUAUGUUAAUUUAUUUUUUGUGUUAGUAGUUGAAGACAAGACUGUAAUUAUUACGUUACUUAAGCAUUAUUUAAAGUCUGAGUAAAACUGCGUCAAGUGUUUCGGUGCCUUUUCCAAUCAAAAUUUGCAAAAGAAUAACGAAUGAAAACGCUACCAAUCCGUUGAUAAUAAUAAGCCAAAGUGUAAGCAAACUUGAAUUUCCUACAUAUAGCAAGUCAAUUAAAACGCUUUUAUUGUGACAUCUAGGUCCUGUUUCUAGUGUAUAAGAUAUGAAACCUAGUUGAUGUUUAAAAGAUUAUUUAUUUAUAAAAAAAGAAGUGUAUACAUUGUUCGUAUAAAAACAUUCCAUUUAUUUAUAUUUGUAGUACUAUUUAAAUAUUAAUUGCACUUUUGUAACUUGUAAUAUUUUAUAAAACGCAUACAAAUAAAUUUGUUGUCUUAAA